AUGUCUGCCUCCACACGCAUCCCCGUCAUCGCUCAGCCCUUUGUGAGCGAGCGGGCAAAGAAGACCCUCGAUCUGGUCGAGGAGUUUGUCGAGAAAGAGUGUAUCCCCGCCGAGGCUGUCUUCUCCGCUCAGCUGGGCGAAGGCGAGAAGCGAUGGCAGACCACCCCCGCCGUCAUGGAGGAAUUGAAGGCCAAGGCGAAGAAGCUCGGUCUGUGGAACAUGUUCCUGGCCAAGAGCCACUUUAAGGAGGGUGCGGGCUACAGCAAUGUCGAAUAUGGGUUGAUGGCCGAGAUUCUUGGCAAGAGCAAGGUCGCCUCUGAGGCCACGAAUAACGCUGCUCCCGAUACAGGUAACAUGGAGGUGUUGGCCAAGUACGGUAACGAGGCUCAAAAGAAGGAGUGGCUCGCUCCUCUGCUCGAGGGCAAGAUUCGCUCUGCUUUCCUCAUGACAGAGCCCGACGUGGCUUCUAGUGAUGCCACCAACAUCGAGUUGGAGAUCCGCCGUGAGGGGAACGAAUAUGUUCUGAAUGGUUCGAAAUGGUGGUCUUCCGGUGCUGGUGACCCCCGAUGCAAGGUCUACCUCGUCAUGGGCAAGUCCGACCCCAAGAACACCGAUACCUACCGCCAGCAGUCCGUCGUCCUGUGCCCAGCCGAUGCCCCCGGUGUCACCGUCCACCGUAUGCUGCACGUCUACGGCUACGACGACGCCCCCCACGGUCACGGCCACAUCACCUUCAAGAAUGUGCGCCUGCCUCUCUCCAGCAUGGUCCUCGGUGAGGGCCGCGGCUUCGAGAUCAUCCAGGGCCGUCUCGGUCCCGGCCGUAUCCACCACGCCAUGCGGACCAUCGGUGCCGCCGAAAAGGCCCUCGAGUGGAUGAUCGCCCGCGUCAACGACGAGCGCAAGAAGACCUUUGGCAAGGCCCUAUCUUCCCACGGUGUGAUCCUUGAAUGGAUCGCCAAGUCCCGCAUUGAGGUGGAUGCCGCGCGUCUCAUUGUCCUCAAUGCCGCCAUCAAGAUCGACCAGGGCGACGCCAAGGCUGCCCUCAAGGAGAUCGCCGAGGCCAAGGUCCUCGUGCCCCAGUCCGCCCUGGCCAUCAUCGAUCGUGCCGUACAGGCUUACGGUGCGGCCGGUGUGUGCCAGGAUACUCCCCUGGCCUACAUGUGGGCGGGCAUCCGCACGCUGCGCAUUGCGGACGGUCCCGAUGAGGUCCACUUGCAGCAGAUGGGUCGUCGGGAGAACGAGUCCCGCAAGAAGGAGGUUAUUGCUAAGCUCAAGUGGCAGCAGCAGGAGUCUGAUCGUCUCUUGAUCGCGUCUGGUUUCAAGGCCAAGAGCCACCUUUAG